GUUCUCGCUCAUUUCCGAUCUAACGAUACACAUUUUUCUCCGCUCUUCGGUCGCCGGACGUUCUCUGGGAAAUCCAACUCCGAAGCAACUUUUCCCAGGAUGGGUUUGUGGACUUUGCUAGAGGGGUGUCUGCUUCUUGCAAAUGCAUUAGCCAUACUGAACGAAGACCGUUUCCUUGGACCUAGAGGAUGGAGCUUCUCUGAAUUCUCGGGAGGAAGAACAAAGUCUUUCAAGGGGCAGCUUAUAGGUCUUAUUUACGCAACGCAGUAUAUGAGAGUUCCCCUCAUCAUACUCAACUCGAUAUGCAUUGUUGUAAAGCUUGUUUCUGGGUGAAAGCUGCUGCUGCUGCUGCUAAGGAUUGUGAUGUGCAGCAAGGCUAGCAGAGAGAGAGAGUUUAGAAGAACAAGUUUUUUUGCCACAGGGGCUGAAGCACACACGGUUGGUGAGGUUGAUUACAGUGUUCGUUGUAUGAUUAGUGUGUUAGGUCGGUUUUGUCUUGCUUUUCUUUUUACGAACAACCAUUAGUUGUAGAAAUGUGGAUGUACUGGAGUUUGAGAUUCUAUACUUGUGGUGUUUAGAUGAAAGAGUUUUGGAAAUGUUGUCAACCUUCUACCUGGUAUAUUUUCAGUUAAGGGUAACCUGAAAUUAUAUAUCUCCCCUUGAAGACAA